AUGAAUUCGUUGGAACUUCCCCCACGCAGUGUUGAGCGGGUUGUUCUGGAGUCGUCUUUCUGGACAAUAAUGGCUACGGCUGGUUUCCUUGGAAAUAUCUUAGUGUGCAUUGCGUUUUAUCGAAAUCCAGUUUUACGAAAGAUAACGCCCAUAUACAUCGUUGCUCUGGCGGUCACCGACAUUCUCAACUUUCUCACCAAUGGUAUAUUUGUAGAAGUCACCCUGAUCACCGGAGGCUGGCAGUUUGGAGACGCGGGCUGCUUUGUUGGCGCGUUUUCCUCAAUUUUCCUUGUGUACGCCUCCAUUAGCACCAUGUCUCUUAUAGCCAUCAACAGAUACAUCCGAGUGACCCGGCCUGGUCUUUUCCAAUCUCUGUUUGCGACGACACCAUCUAUAUUGAUGGUGGUGUGCCUGUGGUUCAUAGAGAGCAUGAUUGUUCUGCUACCGUUUGUUAUAGGACGGACAAAGUUCUUUUUUAAUUCUGGUUACGCUGUUUGCGUCCCUUCCUUUCAAGACAAAUUUACAAUUUACACCAUGAUCACCCACGUGUCUUUCAUCACAGCUUCACUGCUAAUCGUACCCGCUUGCUACUACAAAGUGCAUCGAGCGUUAAAACAAGUUAGUGCGCAAGUGCCGCGGAUCUCGCAGCAGUUACAAGUCGGGCUUGCAGCGGAGGAGGCACAGUCAGCUCAACAAGAAGAAGACCAGGCCAACCAACAACCAGAAGAAGACCAAGAGGCCAUCAUUCAGCUGAAAGAGGAGUCAAAGGUUGCAUGCCAACAGGGAUCUGUCAGCUUAAACAAGAAGUGUCCACCUCCCAAAAAUGGGAUGCCACAUCUAGAAGAACCACAGGGAGUGCGAAGUCCACAAGAAGAUGUUCGUUACAGUAAGAGGAAAGCUACGAAAAAAGUUCAAACAGAGCAACAGAUCCCCCAUCCAUUACAAGACACCAAACAUCAAUCACUCGCGCCAUGGGCUACAACUCAUCCACAAGAACGACACCCGCCAAACGCUCCUGGCAACAAGAGACGCAAGAUCUUGGAUAAAAUUCACCCACAAGAACAAACGGCCACGAAUCAUCAAAAUGACCUACAGGAGUCAUAUCAACCACACAUACCUCAGAACACUCACCGCGACCAAGCACCAGAACAAGAACCACAGGCUCAGCAACUCCCAAAGUCUCCCAACUACAAGAGGAAAGAGCCCUUAAGUAACCAACUGGAAUUUCCCGCACAGGACACUUAUCGAGCACAGGUACCACAGGGCACUAGGAAACGAAACGAAAAGAAGGAAACCCAACCAGGAGAGCAACCCGCUUUCCAGCAGGCAAACGAACCACACGUCGGACAUGAUGGCGAAAGUGUCCUCAAGGCGAAAGAAGUGAAGAUCACGAAAAUGAUGUUCGCCAUUGUCUUGGCAUUCACGCUGAUAUGGAUCCCACUAUUUUGUAUCGUCCUACUGACGCGAAUUACCCUCGGGACUCUCCCGCGGGACGUUAUAAUGCUGGUGUCGUAUGGUGUUAAUUUCAGUAGCCUGAUUAACCCUGUGUUAUAUGCCGUGGUGAACAGGUCUUACAGAAAGGAAUUUAAGUUUAUCUUGUGGAAUAUUAUAUUUUACUUC